AUGUCAAACAACGAAAUUCAAAGCAAACAAUUGAUGGAUGCGCAUAUAUUCGGGUAUGAUCAGCCAGAAUUCUCUGACAUUACUUUGGUGCCGGGAGGAAGGUAUCUGUUUACGGUGUCUCCAAUGUAUCACGACAACCGGACAUAUAUCAAGCUAUGGGACCUUGGGAGACCCGGCGGCGCGGAGGCUCAGGUCAUAUUGGCAGAGUACAUCUAUGAACACAAAUAUGUCUGCAGACACAAAAUCGCGCCCACAGCGGACGGGCGCGGUAUCAGAUUUUUGGUCAUUUCUACGUGGCAAAUCGUCAUUUUGGAAAUCUAUCCCGAAUCCCCGAAUCCUAAAUUCGAGUACGUCACCUGUCUGGACAUCGACACGGAUGGCAAUUCGGAGGAGUGCAAUUUCAAGUUUGUUGGCAUUCAUGGAAACCAAAUUGUCCUCUCUAUCUCCAUCUCGCGCCUGGUGAUUCAACCCCGGUUCCGUUAUUUUGACGAGUAUACGUCACCCGGUGUUGGUCACAUUGUUGUCUGGGACUUUAUCGAGGAGAAGACGGCGACUAUACAUACAGGAAAAAUUAUCAUUGGUGCAUGUAUUAUCAAGGACGACUGUGUUAUAGGUACGCGCUUUGGCACCAACGAGACCUUCCUGUGGGAUCUCCCGGAACGGGAGAAAUGGAAGCAAACGUUGUUCUUUAGGCGUAACACCCCUCCCACCCCACCGACUAGCACUCAGCUGCUUCCGUUUGCAGGCGCACUAGAUCGGAUCGUAAAGGGCGUCAAAACGCAGGAGCUGCCACGGGGGUGGUCUGGUGCUGAUCAACAGGCCCCUCAACGCCUGCUCUCCCUGUAUGGCACUGAUUCCGGCAUCGAUGAAAUGAUCGUCUCAAAAUUCAAUAACAAUGAAACAUCCCGCGGCGCGGCCUCUGUCUGUGCGGGGCACCAGGAAAAGAGCGUGGCUUGCCCGCGUGCGACCUAUUUUUGCGUGGCACGCAUAAAUGGCAUUCGGUAA